AAAGGAACCAAAGAGGAAAGGAAAGAAGGAAGAGGGGAAAUAAAAAUGUGGAUUAAUCGAACGAAAAUAUUUUUCGAAACACAGUCGAAUUCUAGUUGGUAGAAUUUACUGACGGUUUUAUUAGCGGUCCAAAAAGAAGAGAAAGGAGAUCGAUGUGCGACUUAAUGGAAAAUCAGUGGGUAUUUCUCGAUCGAUGAGAUUCUUCGAAACGAUGUUAAAGGGGUAAACGAAUGAAAGAAAAAUAUCUGUAGGAAAACACGUGUGAAUGGGAUAUUCAUACCCGAUGCAAAAUAUCGACACGAUGCGUCUAAUUCAACAGCUGGUAUUACUUUCUAUUCUCUUAUUGGAUAAUCAGGUCGAAGUCACCUGGCCCAAAGCCGCAAAUCCCUUACCUUACCUACGGUGGGCAUCUAAUUUACGAUCAAGCAGUUCGACCUCAACGAGUUCUUCUUCCUCUUCCUUGUUUUCUUUAUCGACCUCUUUCGAGGAAGAGAAUUGUGAUGAAUGUACACAAAAUAAGGUUAGCAUACUAACCGUUACCGAUCCGAUUUUAACGGAGCUAAGAGUCGAGUAUGUCAAACAACAAAUACUCAAGAAGUUGCGACUUUCCAAGCCACCCGAGAUAUCGAUGCCGCUGUCGACCUUGCCGAAGCCUCUGAUAAAUGGUCGUGUACUCGAACUUCAACCCGGAGCACCACUCGAACCGGAAAAAUCAGCUGACAGUUUUUAUGGAAAAACAGACCAAAUUGUUGUUUUUCCGAACGAAGGUAUUGCCGAUUCGAAAAAGUGUCAACAGAAAUCGAACCAUCUGACGGGCUUUAAUCCGGCAGCUUGCUUCACGUUUUACCUACCGAACGAAAUGCAAUUCGUGGAUGUGACCUCGGCGCAACUUUGGUUUUACAAGGAAUACGACGAGAAUGACUAUCUAAAUCAAACUUUCGUGCUCUCCGAACUCGAUCAUUGGGAUUUGAACGGGAACUUUGAGAAAAACACGAUUAUGGCUAUCUUUGAAACCGAUAUCGGAGAGGGAUGGGUGAAGACCGACGUAACUUUCACGCUGAAGAAAUGGGUGGAAGAACUUCGAUUGAAUCACGCGAUACAGGUAGCUUGUAGCACCUGUUCGAUAGAUCGAGACACAGCGCCUGUAUCCGUUAAACAAACAUUAAAACCGUUCCUUGUGAUACACACGUCGCCAUUAUCGCAGAAAAACAGACCGAAGAGGAAUUCAAACUGUCUGCCGGAAAUGAAGGAGUGCUGCAGGGACGAGCUCUAUAUUAAUUUCAAAGACAUCGGUUGGAGCGAUUGGAUUCUUCAUCCGAGCGGAUAUCACGCGUAUUUCUGUCGUGGAUCGUGUUCUUCCGCAGCUUCGUUGACCAUCAGUGGAUCUCCCUACAAUAACGUGAUCAGAAGGUUAUUGGCCAAGAGUGGUAGCACAACGCGUCGUAAAAACGAGAUCAUUCCAUGCUGUUCACCUACGCAAUUGUCGCCGAUUCAACUGCUCUACAUUGAUUCGAACAAUACGAUCACGCAAAAAACACUGCCAAAUAUGGUAGUGGAAGCCUGCGGUUGCAUGUGAUUU